CCCCUCAACGAUUGCACGCAGACAGGCUCGACGUCAAGAUCAAGAUUCAUCAGUUAGGCCAUCCAUCCUAAUAUCACAAAAUGGCUUCAGCAACCAAGGCCGUCCAAACGUUCGGAAAGAAGAAGACAGCAACUGCUGUUGCCCACGCCAAGGAGGGUCGUGGACUCAUCCGUAUCAAUGGUUCCCCCAUCAACCUCGUCCAACCCGAAAUUCUUCGCCUAAAGGUGUACGAGCCCGUUCUCGUUGCUGGCGAGGACGCCUUCACUGUCCUUGAUAUCCGUGUCCGGGUGAAGGGUGGUGGACACACCUCCCAGGUGUACGCCAUCCGACAGGCCAUUGCCAAGGCCCUUGUCGCGUACUACGCAAAAUACAUUGACGCCUACAGCGCACUGGAGUUGAAGAAGAAGCUGGUGGCAUAUGACCGAACGCUGUUGAUCGCUGACCCCAGACGGAUGGAGCCCAAAAAGUUCGGUGGUGCCGGUGCCCGUGCUCGCAGGCAAAAGAGUUACCGUUAAGUGGCAGUGGCUUUUUCGGGGGACUUUGUGUUACUAUAUUCUCAAUAUCAUGCAUUAUGUUUCCCAGUCACUGUUAUAUAAUGCUAUUAUGCACUUUUCGCUUGAGAUUUUGAGGGUAUCAAUUUGGGAAUAAUCAACACCGCAAAGUCUGACAG